GCCCCGCCGGCGCGGAGCGGAGCGGAACAGAACCGCCGCAGCGACAGCGGCGCCCGUCGCGGGAGCUGCAUGUGCGCCGCGGCAGCGGAGGAGGAGGAGGAGGAUGGCUGUGCUCAAGCUUGCCGACCAGCCUCCACUGGUCCAAGCGAUUUUCAGUGGUGAUCCAGAAGAGAUUCGGAUGUUGAUCUACAAGACUGAGGACGUCAAUGCCUUGGAUGCUGAGAAGCGAACACCUCUUCAUGUUGCAUCGUUCCUUGGGGAUGCAGACAUCAUUGAGCUUCUCAUUUUGUCGGGCGCUCGUGUUAAUGCCAAGGACAACAUGUGGCUGACUCCUCUCCACCGAGCAGUUGCUUCAAGGAGUGAAGAAGCAGUGCAAGUACUGAUUAAGCACUCAGCUGAUGUCAAUGCUCGGGACAAGAACUGGCAGACCCCGUUGCACGUGGCUGCUGCAAACAAGGCGGUGAAGUGUGCAGAAGUCAUCAUUCCCAUGCUGAGCAGCGUCAACGUCUCUGACCGAGGUGGGCGGACGGCAUUGCACCAUGCAGCUCUGAAUGGCCACAUUGAGAUGGUGAACUUGCUGUUAGCCAAGGGGGCAAACAUCAAUGCUUUCGACAAAAAGGACAGAAGAGCUCUUCACUGGGCAGCGUAUAUGGGUCACCUGGAAGUUGUUGCCUUACUGAUUAAUCAUGGUGCAGAGGUGACUUGUAAAGACAAGAAGGGUUACACCCCACUUCAUGCAGCUGCAUCCAAUGGGCAGAUUAACGUUGUGAAACACCUCCUUAACCUGGGGGUAGAGAUUGAUGAAAUGAACGUCUAUGGAAAUACCGCACUUCAUAUUGCCUGUUACAAUGGUCAGGAUUCUGUUGUUAAUGAGCUGAUUGACUAUGGUGCUAAUGUAAAUCAGCCUAAUAAUAAUGGAUUCACUCCCUUGCAUUUUGCUGCUGCCUCCACUCAUGGAGCACUGUGUCUUGAACUGCUAGUGAAUAAUGGGGCAGAUGUUAACAUUCAGAGUAAGGAUGGGAAGAGCCCACUGCACAUGACAGCUGUCCAUGGGAGGUUCACGCGGUCACAGACGCUCAUUCAGAAUGGAGGGGAAAUUGACUGUGUCGAUAAAGAUGGUAACACUCCUCUGCAUGUGGCUGCAAGAUAUGGACAUGAGCUUUUGAUUAACACCCUCAUAACCAGCGGAGCUGAUACUGCCAAGUGUGGGAUCCACAACAUGUUCCCUCUACACCUAGCAGCCCUGAAUGCUCACUCAGAUUGCUGCAGGAAAUUGUUGUCAUCGGGCUUUGAAAUAGACACCCCUGAUAGUUUUGGAAGGACAUGCCUCCACGCUGCUGCUGCAGGAGGUAAUGUUGAAUGUAUAAAACUCUUGCAAAGCAGUGGAGCAGAUUUUAAUAAGAAGGACAAAUGUGGGAGGACACCUUUGCACUAUGCAGCUGCAAAUUGUCAUUUCCACUGUAUUGAGACACUGGUGACAACCGGAGCCAAUAUUAACGAAACAGAUGACUGGGGGCGCACCCCUUUGCACUAUGCUGCUGCUUCUGACAUGGACCGAAAAAGAAAGAAUAUUUUAGGUAACUCCCAUGAAAAUGCUGAAGAACUUGAAAGAGCCAGUGAGAUGAAGGAAAAAGAAGCUGCAUUGUGUCUGGAGUUCCUUCUACAGAAUGAUGCCAAUCCAUCCAUCCAAGACAAAGAGGGGUACAACACUGUGCAUUACGCUGCUGCAUAUGGGCACCGGCAGUGUUUGGAACUGCUUCUGGAAAAAACCAACAAUAUGUUUGAGGAAUCAGAUUCUGCAGCUACGAAAAGUCCUUUACAUUUAGCUGCCUAUAAUGGUCAUCACCAAGCCUUGGAGGUACUCCUCCAGUCUCUGGUAGAUCUGGAUAUCAAGGAUGAGAAGGGACGCACUGCUUUGGACCUGGCUGCAUUUAAAGGGCAUGCAGAGUGCGUGGAAGCUCUCAUCAGCCAGGGUGCUUCUGUCACUGUAAAAGACAACGUCACCAAAAGGACCCCACUGCAUGCUUCAGUCAUUAAUGGUCAUACACCCUGUUUACGGUUGUUGCUAGAAGUUGCAGACAACCCUGAUGUGACAGACGCCAAAGGACAAACCCCCCUAAUGCUUGCAGUGGCAUAUGGGCACAUUGAUGCUGUUUCCUUAUUACUUGAAAAAGAAGCAUCUGUAGAUGCAGCUGAUCUCGUGGGAUGCACAGCUUUACAUCGAGGGAUUAUGACUGGGCAUGAAGAGUGUGUUCAGAUGCUGUUAGAGAAAGACGUAUCUAUUUUAUGUAAAGAUGCCAGAGGCAGAACACCUCUGCACUUUGCAGCAGCUCGGGGUCAUGCCACUUGGCUGAGUGAAUUACUGCAGGUAGCACUUUCAGAGGAAGACUGCAGUUUAAAAGAUAAUCAAGGUUAUACACCACUGCACUGGGCUUGUUACAAUGGUCAUGAAAACUGCAUAGAGGUACUAUUGGAACAAAAAUUUUUCCGCAAAUUCUAUGGUAAUAGCUUCUCUCCAUUGCACUGUGCCGUAAUCAAUGAUCAUGAAAACUGUGCAUCACUGCUCAUUGGAGCCAUCGAUGCCAACAUUGUCAAUUGCAAAGAUGACAAAGGAAGAACGCCCCUUCACGCAGCAGCCUUUGCGGAUCAUGUGGAAUGCCUCCAGCUCCUCCUGAGUCACAGUGCCCAAGUGAAUGCUGCGGAUCAUGCAGGGAAAACACCUCUCAUGAUGGCAGCUCAAAACGGUCACAUAGGUGCUGUAGACUUCUUGGUGAACAUUGCUAAGGCAGACCUGACAUUAAAAGAUAAGGACUUGAAUACAUCUUUGCACUUGGCUAGCAGUAAAGGUCAUGAAAAAUGUGCCUUGUUAAUACUUGACAAGAUACAAGAACAGAGCCUUAUUAAUGCAAAAAAUAAUGCAUUGCAGACACCUCUCCAUAUUGCUGCACGUAAUGGCUUGAAGAUGGUGGUUGAAGAGUUGCUAACCAAAGGGGCAUGUGUCCUAGCAGUAGAUGAAAAUGGUCAUACGCCAGCCCUGGCUUGCGCUCCUAACAAAGACGUGGCUGACUGCCUGGCACUCAUUUUGGCUACCAUGAUGCCUUUUUCUCCUUCCAGUUCAAUGACGGCUUUCAACUUCGCUUGUUUUAAAAAAGAGAGUUUGGGCAGGACACAUCUCUGCGAUGGCUCCAGUAUGGGUAGCAUUAACUCUUGUAAUAAGCCCUUGAGUAAUAACAUAGGAACAGAGGAUGGGUACAAUGAAAAUGAUUCUGAUUCUGAAACAUUUUGACUUUUUGGUAUGCAAAACUUUUUCUUUCCUUAUUGUUUCCUUUCAGCUUUUUGUUUUGGUCUUUUUAAACAGCUCAAAUCCCAAUGCUAUAUUCUUAACUAUUACUCUUGACAAGUAGGUAUUGAAAGAUAUGUAGUGUUGAUGAGAAUUAAGCCUUUAAAUAACAAAGGGAGACUAACUGGAAUAUUAUUCCCAUUAAUGUUCUGCAGCUUUUCAGCUUCCUCAUGUUUUCUUUAGGCCCUAAGUGCCCCUGUGGAAAGUCUCUACCUCUUAUUUUAAGUAAAAAAGAGAAAAUGCCUUUUUUCUUUUUGACAGCACAAAUAAACAGGGAACUGUUUAUAAAAAGUACUUACAUAUUUUAGCUGUACUGUUAGUACACAAACAUAUUUUCAAUGUAGCCUUCAUAGAUUUCAAGCAUCGCUCCUUUCCUCUGUUUGUCUGUUUACUAAUUCUAGGGCCUCUGAUAAUUAGAUAACUUCUUUUACACAAACCAAAGGUGAAGUUGUAAAUCCUAAAAUUGCCUGUAUUACUUUUCUACAGGAAAAAAAACAUUUUACAUUCUGCACGUAUUAAGCACUUAAACGUACAGAAAGCACUUUUUACAGUUAUUAGUUGCAGCACGCAAUUAGAAAAAUAUAGUUAUAAACUCUUAAGGCCAAAUUCUACUUGUCUCACCAUGUUUUCCCACUGACAUUAGUGGAACCACUUGUGAAAAAUUAAAAUCACUUGCUCCCCCCCUUUUUUUUUUUCCAAUUCAGCACAAGCGUGUACAGUUUAUUUGCACUACAGAAUUAGGGCCAUUAGAAGUUUCUGUCACCUGAGCCAUUAACCGUGAAUCUAGUAUCAGAAAAAGAAAUAAGGUGUAGACAAAGGUGUACGUAAACAUUUAUGAUGACAUGCCAACUUCAAUAGAUUUUAAAAAUUAUUUUCUAUGCUUAAAUAACCAAUUUUUACUGUAAACAAUAUCGAUUUUUAACAUACUUCUGCCAGUGCUUGGAUUAACAGAGUAGAGGUGACGUAGUGAAAGCAUAACACCAAAAGUUGAAAUACCAAACACGAGAAAACAAAUAUAUACCAUGCACCAUGCAGGGGAUUGGAGAUGUAUGCUAAAAGAGCCUAUUGUCACCAGCUUUGAAAGCAAUGUCAGCUUGUGAAUAUGUUUACUCCUUCUGCCAAAGUUUCUAGGUCAAACGGACCCCGACCCUCAUCUGCAACAGAAGUACAAAAGGAAGAAUGAGACUUUAUAAAAAAAAAACAAAACAAACAAAUGCCUAUCACGAACUAACCAGCCAUACCAAGAGGACCAAAACGCUUCAGUGAUUAAAUGGAAGACUUUAUUACUUUUAUUUUUUUCUUCAAAUAUGAGUGACAUAAUGAAGUAGUUUUUCUAAAUCAUAAAACUAUAAACUUUUGAGGUAAUGAGUACUCGAGUGAAUUUUACAUUUUAUGAUGCAGGUUUCAAGUUGACAUUUGUAACUAAUUAUGUGUUGACCACAGUUUGUUUUUUUCCAGACUAAUGAAAAUGUUCAUAUGCUUUUAAUGUAAAUGUGUUUAUAUUUAUUUGAAGUGAAACAAAUACCCAGGAAAAAUAACUAUGGCUUUUUCUCCUUGUUAGUAGUUGUGCAUAUUAUUUUGUGUAAUGCAAAAUAAAAUGUGAAUCUAGGCAAGACUGAUGGCCUGAGUGGAAAAAGGAAGGACUGAUGCACUUCAGAAGUGUGCCCAUCUUAAUCUGUGGAAUGCAAAGAUGAAGUCCACAGGCUGUACUGGUAAAAAGCAGAGAGCAAAACACUUUUCAUCAUCAUUUGAAAGUGUAAGAAAGGGAUCCAACACCUUGCUAGACAGGUGAGAGAACACUGUACAACUACAGUAAAGUUAUAGAAAAGGUAAUGUAGCAUGGAGUUAAGGUGUUACAAGUUCCAGUGAUUCACACUCAGGAUAUCUGCAGGCCUAAAUCUGUGCUGGGAGGAUGAGAAGAGCUUCUUCCUGAGUGCAUGCUUUCAUCAGGGUAAAUAAAAAGUAAGGAUUUCUAUUUUAGUUGUGGUUUUUAGCCAUGUUCCGCUGAAUUGUUUAAAAAUAAUAAUAAUAAUCUGUCAGCAGAUUUCCAGUUCUUCAAUUGGAAAAAAACACACAUUGUUUAUUUUGCCGUGCUAAAAUUAAACAUUGUUUACUUGAACAUUAACAAAUUUCCAAAAUUUGCAAUGAAUUUCCUAAGGGAUAGUGUCUAUGAAGGCAAAGAUACGUUUUUCCUCAAUCCUAUCUUUUCAGCAGUAGAAUGACAGAGCACCUGAAACCCUGGUUUUCUCCUCAGAAGUAGCACAGGAAACAUUUUUAUGACUGACUUUGAGAAAAGUUUUUCAUUAAAACCUGCUGAAUAGCAAUAACCACCUUAUUGUAAGCACUGAAAAUAAGAGGAGAGACCAGUUGUUAGUUUUCAGUCAUGUGUUUAGAAAUGAAUGGAAAUCCCAAGUUUUAGUUUGUUUGUUUCUGUGUACAAUGAGGGCAUUUAAAACAAACAAACAAAUGGGAAAUAGUUGCCACCUGCUCUAACAGCAGGAACAGCAUUUUAAUUUUAUUUCAACUAGAGAUUAAAUAUGUCUAACCCUCAAAUAAAUUUACGCUAUCCUACAUGAAGUUGUUUCACUAGGAGAAAACCAGUGAUCUUUACAAGGAGAGUAUUGUAUUAUUUCAAGCAGCCAUUUUAAACAAAUCAGUAUUUUACUUGCUACCGUACAGAGUUACUGAAAAUAUUUUGUAAAUUUGCAAUACCUUGUAACUCUGGUAACUGUGUAGUACAACUGCUGCCUUUUAUGAUGUAUACAACGUUAUAGAAGUGUAGGUGAUUAUCAAAUAACUUUGCUCCUUCUAGGAAUCAAAUUUAAACUUUACCGAUUAAACUUCUCUAUAAACUAGCAAUGUUGUAAGUAUGCAGUAUUCCAGAAAUCUUAGAAAAAUAUGAUUUGUUAGCAUCUUAUGGGCAUUGGGAAAGCCACGUUUUGAGUAUGGUGUUCUUAGGAAAACCAUCACAAGCAAGACCUUUGGAAGUACUCAGUAUCAGCCUGUCCCCAGAUCUCACCAGAAUCCCUUUUCCUGUAUGCUAGUACAUUAACCUGUAAUAUAAUUUGUCACUUGUAAAAAUAAAUUUGUUAUUUAGGACAGGUAUUUAAGCAUGGGAAUAAUCUUACUCAUGUAAAUAAUCACCAUGCCUUUGUGUGGACUUUUUACAAGGGUAGAUUUAAUCAUACAGAAUUGUUGCACUUAACCCUGGAUCCUGCAAUUUACUGUACAUGGACUACUUCUGUAUUUGCACCAAACAGUGGGUAUUUUGUGAGGGGCAGCAGUCUGCCCAGUUUUAUUAGCAGGAUAGUUUUCAUCCUGUAUUUUAACCACAGUUGCAGGUGGAAUCCAUAGCAGGAUUGGGUCCCAUGUCUCUCUCAUAAAUACUGAGUAAAAACCUCCGGACUGCCUGAAAUUGCUGUGAAAUAGCUCAGGGGAUUUCUGUUCAUCGCUACUAAAAGGGCACCAUAAUGUGUUUGGUACUUUUAUGCAGUCAACAACUGCCAGAUUAUUAAAUUAGAACAAACACAUGAAAUGAAUUGUUUGUCCAUUGUACUGUUGAGAAACUUGGUUAUGUAUCUUGAGGAUGACUUCAAAAAAAAUUGUGAUUUUUAUUCUUAGUCGUGUAAGAAAUAUUAGAGUGCCUUUUUAUAUUUGUGUAUUAUGGAAAUGUUUUGUGAAAGUUGUCUCUUUUUUUUUUCCAUUUGAGUGUUAUAAAAGCAAUAUAUUACCAGUAAAUUUUCAUUUCAACUCUUCUUUGAAUGUAUAAAGUGUUUCUUCUUUUCAUAUGUUCUACCUGUAUUGAAAUGAAAAUUAAUAUGCUAAAUUUCUAUAGGAAUAAUGUAUAAUUUUUGCAGUGCUGAAAAUGCUUUCUUAUUACACAAAAAGUAAACCUCUGAUCAGUGUUAUAGGAAAGGGCGUUCUAAACUAGUGACAAUCUGAGUGUGUGUAUAAAAUGUAAUUUUAUGCGUUUCUUAUGCAGUGAUCUACAUAUUAAAGCCAAUAUCUUACGUUUUGUAGGUUUUGUCUUUUAUGCUUUAGCAUGUGCAAUAUAUCUUUACAAACCAUGGUGAUAUGAAUCUGGUGCCAGUGUUAUAUUUUGCAUAACAUUUGUAAUAAACAAUAUGAAAUAUUGUU